GGCAGAGAGACGUCCAUGAGACAAAACUUUUCCGGCAAACAACUUCUUCGUGUUCUCGCGCCACCGCUUGUCUGCGUGGUUGGGUCGUACUAGACAGAAUCUGUCCAACCUUGCCAGAGAAAAAAGGAAGAUGAUGAGACGUAUCGUAAUAAUGCCAGACUGGCACUACUGGAUGAAUGAACUUGAGCGACAGUACUCUUGUUGAGCCGAAGUGAAUUAAGGGGGAUUUGUCCCUAGCGAACCUAAACUCUGCAAGCACGGGUGCUUGAUUCCGUUUUUUGGUAAUUUAUCGUGUUUUUUGCGUUCUUCGUGCUGCUGCCUUUGGGUUCGCGAAGUAGCUGACGAGUGGGCUUACCAAAGUGGAUUUAUCCGAAAGCAAAGCCUGUUCCGACUCGUGCCAUCAGUGCGUUGAUACUGCGUUGCCUCCCAGCAGACCGACCCCGAAAUGCAAGGUGAUUGCAAAAGACGUCGACCUUUUGGUCGUGGUAGAGGGAAAAAACUAAACGGGACCAUGCCUCUUCUCUUCCUGCUCUUCAGGUGUGGUGCAGAACUUACCAAGGCAUCUAGAUUCUCUUGGCCGGAUUGUCUCGAAAAGGAUACCGUAGUACGGAAUGCAGGACGCGCCCUAUUUCUGAAUAUGGGCGCAUUCGGAGCUACCGAGGGAUGUACAAAUUAUCACGUCUUUGUUUCAGUAAUUAUGGCAUUUUCGUCCAACAUUCUGAUUUGUACUUGCACAUUUAGAUGUACUUCUUACAUACAACGAUAGUACGAGUUGUACUACCAUUUUUCGUCUUUCAAUGAGUCAUUUCUAUUUCACAAUACAAAGCAAAACCAUGCAGCUGCAGCACCUCGCCGAUUAUAUGUAAUCAUACUGGCAGGUUACAACGAUGACUGCAGUAUGACGGAUAAAUUUGCAGCAAAGUCCUACGAAAGUUGUAUCAAUGUUUGUUAUACUAUCCCUGAGUGCUCGUGGUGGUCAUUUGGACAGGAAGACGGCCAAUCCAAGUGUUGGAUUCGAGUAGCAGACGACGGCAGAGAACAUCAAGAAGGAUUCAUUACGGGGGCGAAGGUGUGCCCUUUUUCCUAUCUUUGCUCUUUUGCUUCUAGGUCGUGAUGCCUGUACUUUAUGAAUCAACAUUCGUCAAUCCGCAAGACCAGCCAUUACCUGACUCAUGCUAAGUAAAGUAUCUUCAUCUCUCUGCAUUAGGUUUGCAUGCACGAGGAUGCGCGUGAAUUAGAUAUGGGCAACGGCGCAUGUUGGAUCGACGGUUUCGAUUAUGAUACGUGCUGUGAUCCGAAAUUCGGUCCUGAAGGAAAUCGAAGUUGUUGGGAUGGACAUUUUUCCUAUCAAGCAUGCUGCGUUCCGCCGAGUCCAAUCCUUGUCUAAAAGGUGUUUACCACGUUAACAUAUGAUGAAUCAUAUUUCGGACUUCUGGAUAAAGUUUUUCAACGCGAAUUCAAAUGCUUAUUUGAUGAAUCCUGAAGAUGAUGAUGUAGUUGGGCAAAAAUGCGAAUCAACGCCAGGAGAUGAAGAC